CUUAAAAUUUCUCCAAUGUACAUACAAAAAAAAUUAACUCAAAAAAGACACAUUACACAUAGGAGGGGAAGUUUGAGACAAAUAAAUGCACCAACAAAUGGUGAAAUGGUUUUGGGCCAAUAGUACACAAAUGAGAAGCUAGAUCAGGCCCAUGAAUGCUUAAAAGAUCCUUCAUUUGGUGUGUCGAGCUAUUUGAUGUCUGUAGCGCGAGUCUACGCCGACGUCAACUCUCAAAGUCCUAAAGAGUACCGAGACUACGAGGGUCUCGACGUUCAGUGGGGAUAAAAGGGAAAUAAAAAUACUUCAGAAUCAUUGUGGUGGCCCAAAUAUCGUGAAACUAUAUGAUGUUGUCCGGGAUCCACACUCUAAAACUCCGAGUUUAGUUUUUGAACAUGUGAGCAACACCGACUUCAAAGUCUUGUAUCCUACACGAACUGAUUAUGACAUCCGCUACUACAUUUAUGAGCUUCUUAAGGUUCCCUUUUUAUAUUCUGUUACAGAGAGAGGACUUUAUUUACAACUAUUCUUUUAUUUGCUCACCUCUUUUUUUUAUUACUUGGGAAGGAGAGGGAUUUCCUUCUUUUGUAGGGUCCCAUUCUAUAUAAUUCAUUACUAUUUUAUCUAAGGUUUGAGAUAAAACCUCAGAAAAAGCAAAUAAGCUCUCAAUUUUUCAAGAAAGGCUGAAAAUUUCCAGUUGGUCAAAGGCAAUAACCAAUUUCUAACGUGAUGAUAAGGUCUAAUGUGGCUGUAGCACUGUUUGUAGAAUAGUUUUGCUACCUGAUUUUAAUUUUCUAAUUUUGAGUUUUCCUCUAUUUAUGUUAACUUUUUUUAAAAAAAAAUUGAAUUCUUAGUCACCAAUUAAUACCAUGGGAGCAUUAAGUCAAUUACAUGUUAAUUCAAACAAAUAAUUAAAGAUGUUUGAUUGUUUCCUCAUGUGAUUUAUGCUUUAAAAUGUAAAAGCUUUGUAAUUUUCACUAUCUGUAUCCAUUUUAGUCAUUGUUGGCACUUUGCUCCCAUAGUCCAAAUAGCAUGCUUGGUGGCUGUUAAAUUCCUUGAAACUUGCAUCACCAUCAAAAAAUCUCUAUCGCACCAAUGGCACUAAUCAGAUCCUACAAUCCUGUUAGAUUUAAUCAGGUUUGUUCACAUAUAACCGAAUGGGUAAUGAGUUAAUGUUCGGGUCAGUUAGUAUAGAGUCAAUUAGUGUGGUGUCGUUUAGUGUGUUUUACAUAUUUAAUUAAUUUAAAUAAAAAACAGUUGGGUAGUUUUUAAAAGGCAGUUAUGGGUAGUUUCUUAUGUUAAUAGGUGUGUUGGUUUGUAACAGUUGUGUUGGUUAGUAGGAGUUGUGUUGGUUUGUUCUCUAUUUAUAUUAGAGAACACAAUGAAUCCUAUAAUGGUACACAUCAGUAAAAUAUUCUACUUUGCAUUGAUCUGGUCCUGUUUAACAAUUGGUAUCGGAGCGAAAAUCCAAUAAGGACCCAACGAUCCUCGACAACAGAUCAAGAAUCUUCGACAAAUUCUUCCUCGCCUAGGACAAAAAUAGCAGGUGGCUAGUUUUUUCCUUUGGCAAAAGGAUUCCAACCAAACAGCACGGGAAAAACGAAUCAGCGGGGUAGCUUUCGUUUAGUGGCUUGGAAUACAAAAAAGCAAGGGCUUGUUUUCAGGUUGGUGGUCGAUUGCAGGUGGCUUAUGACCUGGGAAGGAAUCGGAGUUAAGAAUUUUGUGAAAAUUGUCGAAGGAGAUAUUCAAGGUAAACUACUAUUCACUAAAAGUGAUGGAAAAGAGAAGGUUAAGGAGCACAAAAUUGAGCAUUGUGGUUGUGGGAGCUCAAACCAAGAAGACUUUGGACGUGGCCAAGGUAGAGGUCAGGGGUCCGGGAAAAGUAGGGAUGGUGGACAGUUUCAGCGGGAAAAGAGUCACAUUAAGUGUUUCAAGUGCAUUCAGCUAGGGCAUUUUCUCAAUGAAUGUCCAAAAUGGGAUCAAAAGGAACACAUUGCAAAUUUGAUUGAAGAUGAUGAUGAAACAACGUUGCUGUGAAGAUCAGUGUGAACAAACAACGAUUAGGGGCGUGAUUGCUAGAUUUAAUCAGGUUUGUUCACAUAUAACCGAAUGGGUAAUGAGUCAAUGUUUGGGUCAGUUAGUAUAGAGUCAAUUAGUGUGGUGUCGUUUAGUGUGUUUUACAUAUUUAAUUAAUUUAAAUAAAAAAACAGUUGGGUAGUUUUUAAAAGGCAGUUAUGGGUAGUUUCUUAUGUUAAUAGGUGUGUUGGUUUGUAAUAGUUGUGUUGGUUAGUAAGAGUUGUGUUGGUUUGUUCUCUAUUUAUAUUAGAGAACACAAUGAAUCCUGUAAUGGUACACAUCAGUAAAAUAUUCUACUUUACUUUGAUCUGGUCCUGUUUAACAAAUCCUACAUCUUUCA